GGGGAGCGGCGCCAUCUUGGGGCCGGGGCUGGGAUCUUCGGCCCCUCAACCUCGGCCCUAAGCGAGGGGUAGCGCAGCGCUCCGUUGUGUUCGUCUCUCUUCUCCAUCCAGCCGCGAGCCAUGCACGUAGCGGGCUUCGACUCGUCAGACGAAGAGGCCGCCGAGGAGGAGGAGGAGGAGGAGCCGGCGCCGCUGCCGCUGUCCUGGCUUCCACUGCCUCCUGCCUACUCCUCUGCGUUCCUGGCUGUGUGUUCCCUGCCAGGUUGCAGGUUUAAGGACAUUAGAAGGAACCUUCAGAAAGAUAUCGACGAACUAAAGAGCUGUGGGACACAGGACGUGUUUGUGCUUUGUACCAAAGGAGAGCUCUUAAAAUACCGAGUGCCAAACCUUAUAGAUGCCUACCAAGAGUGUGGGAUCUGUGUGCACCACUAUCCUAUUCCAGAUGGAGAUGCUCCUGACGUCACCACCUGCUGCACAAUUCUGGAAGAGCUCAGAAGCUGCCUGGAAAGCAACAGGAAGACAAUCAUCCACUGUUACGGUGGCCUCGGACGCUCCUGUCUCAUAGCUGCAUGCCUCCUGCUUCAGCUUUCGGAUGUGGUGACACCUCAGCAAGCAAUAGACAGCCUCAGAGAAUUAAGGGGAUCUCGGGCAAUACAGACAGUCAAGGUAAAUGCAAAAGAUUCUUCUUAUCACAUGGAAGCUGUUCACAACGACCAUUUACAAUGCAAUGUUCCCAGCCCCGAUCACUGUUCAUCUGCAGAGCCACAAAAACACAAAAGCAGGGAAUUGGAGCUUCCCUUCUCAGACACAACUUGAUUCUGUGUUCUGGUUCUAAAAGGUAUGCAAUGAUCCCAACAGAUGAAUUUAAAGACAAAACGAGGCACCAAUAAAAACAAGCAGUUCUGAAUUUGAGACUUUAUUUAUUGCACUAAGGAACAGCAGGGCAGUUUCACAAUCUCUCCUUUGAGAAGCUCUGUGGUAUUACUCUCAAGCUCAGGAGUAUUUUCACCGUUGGAACUGAUAAGUGUGCAUUUAUCCAUGUGUGAAUAAGUUUGCUAAUGGUGUCUGUGCACGGACUGUAAACAAAUCAUCAGAUUCACUCCUUUGUGGACAAUGCAAUGUUUCCUAUCACGACGACACGCCUGUGAUUACAGCAAGGCUAGCAGCUGGUGAAAAUACAGAACCAUGCACUGACAGGGAAAGGUUACCAGAUAGGAAAGGGAAAAAAGAACAGAAGUGCUGUUUCUGCAGCUGUGUCCCUUCAUCUCUUCAGACUGACAUCACCUACAGGCAGAGCAUGGCACACUGGUCCCCCCAGCCCGUGGCAGUACAGCUGAUGGCAGUCAGAGGGAUGCAGGGCUGAAGCCCAAAGGAACUGCUGUGCUAUGGCUGCUCAGUUACAAACACCUAUCGAGGACUACGGCUGUUCCUUAUGGAGUGCAAAGUCAAAACCCAGUAAUCUUUAUACUAAUGUAAUUCCAUAAUUUCAGUGUCCCGGUAAAAUAUAAGAAAACAGUCUUUCCACAAGUAUAAAAUGUGGAAAUGUUUUAAAAAUAGGGGAGUCAUUGUUUGUAAAGCAAAUGCGAUCAUCAGGUUCCGUAUUUAAUCUUGGUACGACGUGGUCGCUGUAAAUAAUCCAUGGUUUGUGGCUUUUGCAUGCACUUAAAUGGAACAAAGCUUGCCGAAUGUCUUCUUAAGAGCUCACCAGAACGUAAAUCAUGCUGAAAAAUAAGAAG